UACACCAGGCGUCCAGCCAUUUUGGUCGCAGCGGGUAGAGCGAAGCAACCCAAACCACGAUUAGUUUGCAACCCAUCAAUUCAUCGCCGCCGCCGAUUCAAUAUGGCUUCCGGCUGGGGAAUCACCGGAAACAAAGGGCGCUGCUACGAUUUCUGGGUCGACUUCAGUGAGUGCAUGUCUGGCUGCCGCGAGCCCAAGGACUGUUCUCUCCUCCGUGAGGACUACCUCGAGUGCCUCCACCACUCCAAAGAGUUUCAAAGAAGGAAUCGAAUUUACAAGGAGGAGCAGCGUAAACUAAGAGCUGCUGCACGGGCCAAAGAAGGUGGAGUUGUCAAUGACCAUCAUUCGUAGCAGAAAUCAAUCCUCUUGUGAACUCAAAGAAUUAAUAAAAUGUGUGGAGAUCAGAUGUUGUAAUUUGUUAUUUCCAGACCGGCAUUUUACUUGAUUGUGUUAUCUGUUUCGUUUCUCCUGGAAUGAUGAGUGUAGCCCGCGCUGGUCUAUGCAAUAAGAUAGUGGUCGAUCUACCCUUUGCUUUGAAGUAUCCCUUGUACAUCGACUUGCUUGGUGUAUUAGAAUGCUGUUUUUUCUCUCCAGACUAACUUGUGGAAUAUAAGCCCAUUUCUUC